AUGCUUCACGUGCAACCACGGGAGUCUCCUGCAAAACUAUUUCUUGGACGUACUUUAUCAUCUAGACUGGAUUUGGUGAAACCGAACACUGAGCGAGAUGUCAAAAGUAAGCAAUUUGACAUGGCUAGCAAAAGAGGAAGUCCACUACGUGCGUUCGAACCAGGAAGGGAGGUGAUAGUAAGAGACUACCGUAGAAACACUAAAUCAGACUGGGUAUCCGGAACUAUCAGUGAACAAACGGGCCCAGUCUCGUAUCGUGUAGAAGUGGCACCAGGUCAAACGUGGAGACGACACAUUGAUCAGAUUCAGGAGUUCGCGGCCAACGUCAGUGCAUCAGAUACACCUAUUACAAAUGAUAUCUCUGUCAAUCAGCAACCCGGUGCUAUUCCCAGGCAGGACUCACAGCUUGAUUCACGAAGUCAAGAUAUCCGUCUGUCUAGUCAGGAUAGUCAACCGCCUAGUCUAGAGGUCAGUACUCCACCUCAGAUUCAGCAAACUGAUCAGCGUUCGGAACCGAGAAGAAAUCCAAGACGCACAGCUGAUCCGCCAAGUCGUUACAAAGACUUUGUAUCGUGCAAGUGA